AUGCUGCGGCGAGAUGGACUCCUAACAUCGGCUGUUCGAGCACAUUCUUCCCGUCGCACCGAAGCAAAAAUUGUGCGCACCGUGCAAGACGCUGCCUUUUCACCGACACUACAACGCGAUGCAAGUCCCUCACAACUUACCGUCUCCUUGACAUUAUCCGGGAGCACACAGCCCGUGCACCUUAAUCUACGUCGCGACGAGGACAUAUACACACAACCAGUGACGAUACACCGAGUCCGCGCGGAUGGGUCGGUGCACAGCUCCGAGACGACAGACGACCACCUCGUAUAUUACGGCACAGCAUCUACGAAGGAGAAAAGAGGACAUGAGCGGAAUUGGGCGCGCGUGUCGGUACACAUGAGCCAUGGCGUCCCGCUGCUCGAGGGCGCAUAUCAUCUAGAUGGCUUCGAAUACCACAUUCAGACUGAUUCCACGUACCGACAAACACGCGCCGAGCACGACGCAUCGGUGUCUUCUGCGGCCGCCGACCAGCCGUAUAAUGUAGUCUGGCGAUACAUCGAUGACGAAGAUGGCUUGCUCGCCAAGCGCGACGACGAAUCUACCUGCGGGCUCGACAGCCUCGCCUACGACGGCGGAAGCCUGGAACGGCGGCAGCGCUGGGGCGGCGGCGGCGGAGACACGACCGACAGCCUGCUGCAGAGUCUAGGCUCGAGGAGCGGAUGUCCCUCGACGCGAGCGAUUGCGCUGCUGGGCAUCGCGACCGACUGCUCGUACACGUCGCAGUUUAGCAGCGAGCAGGACCUGCGGCGUAACAUCCUAACGCAGGUGAGCUCCGCGUCGCGCGUCUACGAGGCGGCGUUUAAUGUGCAGCUGCGCGUACGCAACAUUACCAUUUCCGACGCCGAAUGCCCAAGCGGCGACGCCGGGUUGUCGUGGAACCGCGCGUGCGCGUCGAGCUUGUCGAUUGCCGACCGGUUGAAUGAAUUUUCGCGGUGGAAGGCCGGCUUUGACGACCAGACGGCGGCGUGGUCGCUGAUGACGGCGUGCCAGUCGGGGUCGACGGUGGGCAUCGCGUGGAUCCGCGCUGUGUGCCAGCCAGGCGUGCUGGUCCGGGGCGCGGUGCGGUCGACGCCGGGCGCCAAUGUGGUUGCGCGGACGGCGGCCGAGUGGCAGGUUCUCGCACACGAGCUCGGCCACAACUUUGGCGCGGUGCACGACUGCACGCGAGGCUGUUCGGGGUCGUCUGGCAGCGGCGAGACACUGUGCUGUCCACUGAGUUCCAGCAGCUGCGACGCGGGCGGACAGUACAUGAUGAACCCUUCGGUGAACUCGCGCGUGACAGAAUUCUCGCCGUGCUCGGUGGGACAGAUAUGCGCGGCGUGGGGCAGAGGCAACAUCAACACGGCGUGUAUGCGCGGCAACGAGGAUGUGCCGACGGUCAGCGAGUCGGUGUGCGGCAACGGCGUGGUGGACGCGGGCGAGGACUGCGACUGCGGCGGCGAGGAGGGCUGCGGCGACAACGCGUGCUGCAACCCGACGACGUGUCGCUUCACAACAGGUUCCGUGUGCGAUCCAUCGACGCAGCGGUGCUGCACGGGCCAGUGCCAGCUCGCGAGCAGUGGGCAAGUCUGCCGCGAGAGCAUCGGGCUCUGCGACCCGCAAGAGGUGUGCAGCGGCAACGAGGCCAACUGCCCGAGCGACGAGCAGCUGCCGGACGGGCAGGCGUGCGGGGAGAAUGGCGAGACGGGGCUGACGUGCGCGACAGGCGUGUGCACCUCGCGCGCGAUGCAAUGCUCGGCGCUGCUGACGUCCAACAACAGCACCGAGACGGUCAAUUCGGGCAACGUGACGGCCGAGGCGUGCAGCUCGACGGGGUGCGAGCUCAACUGCAUGCAGAUGGGGAGCGGCGGACUGGCGUUGGACGGCGGCAUGUGCCAAGCGAGUUCCAAGUUUUUCCGGGACGGCACAUUAUGCGGGAGCAAUUCGCGGCGAUGUUAUAGUGGGACGUGCGGCGGUCGGGCCUCGAAUGAUGACGGUGGUGGAGGGGAUGCGGCGUCGUGGAUACGCAACAACCGGACCGUGUUUAUUAUUAUCUGCGUGGUGGGCGGCAUCGCGGUGUUGAUGGCGCUAGCGACUAUUAUUCAUGAAGAUAUGUGCAAUGAAACGACUUUUGUUUUCACGAGGCUGAGCAGCUUCCAAGGAUUGGGUAUCGAUGACUAG